AUGACAGAGUGUCACGUUCUAUGUUCUGAAAACGGUAAAUAUUGCAUGAUUUUUAACCAACUCACUCCUGAUCAGAACUUCGCUUACUUGCGCAUAUAUGCACAAGGCAAUGAAGAUUGGCUAGUGUGGGUUGCUAAUAGAGAUCAACCUGUUGACCAGGAUUCAGCAGUUUUAUUGUUGGACCACUAUGGGGUACUAAAAAUAGAAUCCAAAGAUGGGGAUCCAAUAAUCCUUUACUCUUCACCUCAACCAGUCAACAACACUAUGGCUACCUUGUUGAAUACGGGCAACUUCGUGCUUCAACAACUUCACCCCAAUGGGACAAAGACUGUGUUAUGGCAAAGUUUUGAUCAUCCCACUGACACCUUGAUUCCUGGGAUGAAGUUAGGUGUUAAUCUCAAAACUGGUCAUAAUUGGUCACUGGUUUCAUGGUUCACUGAUAACAUCCCAUCUUCUGGACCGUUCAGGCUUGAAUGGGAACCAAGAAGAAGAGAAUUGAUCAUCAGGCGAGGAGCACAAGUCUACUGGACAAGUAAAGAACUGGGAAACAAUAGAUUCGAGCACAUUUCGGGGGAAUUCCAGUACGAUAUUGUCUCAAACGAGAAUGAAGAAUACUUCACAUUGACAACUGGAAAUGAAGAGCAUACAAUAUGGACGCUUCUAGGAACUGGUCAGUUGAUGAACAGGAAAGGAAAUGAUAUUGCAAGGGCUGAUAAGUGUUAUGGGUAUAAUGAUGAUGGAGGAUGCCAAAAAUGGGAGAAGAUACCCACUUGUAGGGAUCCUGGUGAUGAAUUUGACAUCAAGGUAGGUUUCCCCCCUUCUACAAAUAACAAUAUCACAAGCUAUCAAGCAAAUUCGAGUUAUGGCCCAAGUGAUUGCCAGGCUUUUUGCUGGAGCAACUGUAGCUGCGUUGGAUUCUCAGCAUUAUAUGACAACGGAACCGGUUGUAUUUUAUGGAAUUCUAUGGUAGGGAUUAGUGUUGCAAGCAGUGGUGGCCAAAAAUUUUACGUGAAGGUAAACAAUACCCAUCGCAAAGGUACUAACAAGUGGAUCUGGAAAAGUGCUGUGAUUGCAACAACCCUUCUCAUAAUCUGCCAUUCCAUUCUAUUCCUUGCAUUAAAGAUAAGAAAAUACAAACACAAAGAGAAGGAUAGAAAAACAACAUUGAAUUCCAGGACGUUAGAUUUAGAAGUGUCCGGUGGAUUCUCCAGUGUCACAGAUCCAGAAGAUGAUUUGAACGAGGGACAUGAUUUAAAAGUAUUUAGCUAUUCAUCUGUAAUGGUGGCUACGAAUGAUUUUUUAUCUGAAAAUAAAUUAGGAGAAGGAGGAUUUGGACCAGUUUAUAAGGGAAUACUGCCAACAGGGGAAGAAGUUGCUGUGAAGAGACUUUCAAGAACUUCGGGUCAAGGAGUUGUUGAAUUUAAAAAUGAAUUAGCACUCAUAUCUGAGCUCCAACACACUAAUCUCGUUCAGCUACUCGGUCACUGCAUACACAAACAAGAGCGGAUGUUGGUCUAUGAGUAUAUGCCAAACAAAAGCUUGGACUUCUUUCUAUUUGAUUCUACUCAAAGAAACUUGCUAGAUUGGGGCAAGCGGUUCAGGAUAAUAGAAGGAAUUGCUCAAGGAUUACUAUACCUACACAAGUAUUCUAGACUCAAAAUCAUUCACAGAGACUUGAAGGCUAGUAACAUUCUUCUAGAUGAGAAUAUGAACCCAAAAAUUUCUGAUUUUGGUAUAGCGAGAAUGUUUACCCCACACGAAUCUGAAGUGAACACCAACAAGAUUGUUGGGACAAUUGGAUACAUGUCUCCAGAGUAUCUCAUGGAAGGAGUUUUCUCUACUAAGUCUGAUAUCUACAGCUUUGGGGUGUUACUCCUUGAAAUUGUUAGUGGUAGAAAAAACAAAAGCUUCUACACUGAUGAACGGCCACUCAAUCUAGUAGGACAUGCAUGGGAGCUAUGGAAACAAGGUGAGGUUCUUCAGUUAAUGGAUCCCGCAUUAACCGAAUCAUUUGUUGAGGAUGAAGUGUUAAGAUGUGUUCAUGCUGGUCUCUUAUGCGUUGAAGAAAAAGUAGAUGAUCGCCCCGACAUGUCCAACGUUAUAUCAAUGUUAACAAACAAAUGUUCAGUUGGCUCUGAGCCAAAAAGACCGGCAUACUAUUUUAGAGUUUUGGAGGAAAAAACGUUGUCUAAAGAAAUCGAUAUGGAUUGCAUAUGCGAAAAUUCCCUUUCUCAUGUAUAUUCAAUAUAG